AACGCCAAAACAAUUGCAGGGACUGUUUGCGGCAAAAGAAAACUGUAAUUCGUUGGCUUCAUUAUUGUUUAAUAGCUAAACAUUGAUAAACCACUACGAAUAGCAUGUAACGAUGGCGGUAAUUUAAGUGAAACGGAGAAAGGUAAACUGAUGAGCAAAGACCACUAGAAAAAAGAUUGAAAUGGCUCGUAAACCAGAAACACAAAUACAAAAUACUCCAGUAGAUGUAAUAUCUGCUGUAAAGUUCUCACCAAAAAUAAAUAAGUUUCUGCUAGUUUCUUCGUGGGACACAACACUACGUCUUUAUGACGUUGCUACUAAUACCUUACGGCAAAAGUUCGUUCAUUCUUCGCCGGUACUUGACUGUGCUUUUCUGAAUUCUACUAAAACAAUCAGUGGCAACUUGGAUAAUGUUGUGAAAUUGUAUGACCUUAACGCGAACGUUGAAACUACACUGGGUAGUCACAAUGCUGGAGUAAAAUGCGUGGAAUAUUCGGCAAAACUUAAUGCUAUCCUUACCGGCAGCUGGGAUCGAACGGUAAAGCUUUGGGAUGUGCGUGAAAAAGAAUGCAUUGGCACGUACGAACAAAGUAAUGGUAAGGUUUAUUCGAUGAGCAGCAUCGAUGAGAAGCUUGUGGUAGCUACUUCGGAGCGCAAGGUGCUGAUAUGGGAUUUACGAAAGAUGGAUAACUAUAUUGAGCGACGCGAGUCAUCACUGAAGUACCAGACUCGUGCAGUUCGGUGUUUCCCGAACAAGGAGGGUUAUGUGAUGAGCUCUAUCGAAGGAAGAGUUGCAGUGGAAUACUUUGAUCCUAAUCCUGAGGUGCAGAAGAAGAAGUUUGCUUUCAAGUGUCACCGUGCGAAGGAAAACGAUGUAGAACUUAUCUAUCCGGUGAAUGCCAUCAGCUUCCACAGUAUUUAUAACACAUUUGCCACUGGUGGGUCAGACGGUUAUGUUAAUAUAUGGGAUGGAUUCAACAAGAAACGAUUGUGCCAGUUUCAUCUAUAUGAUAGUUCUAUUUCAAGCUUGUGCUUUAGUGAUGAUGGCAGUACAUUGGCAAUUGCGUGUUCAUAUAUGGAUGAAGCAGAAAACCCUCCGCAGCCACCUCCACAACCGACUCUCUACGUUCGCUAUGUGAAUGAACAAGAAACUCGGCCCAAAUAACUAUAGUAAGAACGCAAAAGUUACGUUUCUUUAUAAUCAUACUGUAAUUAUUUGUACGGAUAUUGGAUCAUCUUUAUGAAAGUAGGGAUAAAUGUAAUGUAAUUGGCCGGCAAUCGGUAUAUAAUACGAUACAUGAUAAAAAAAUGCGAUGUAGCGUUACGCCAGCGCAAUGUGAAGGAGCAGAAUCAACACUCAUUAAAAUUAGCUUGUUAGGUUCGAUUUUAUAAAAAGUAAAUUGAGUCACUCCAAUUUUCUCCUAAUCAAAACAGCUUAUUAAUUUUUGCCAACUGCUAAAGUAUAGUACAUAGUAAGUUUUUUUAAAAAUCUAAAUUACUUAUUUGUUAUUUAUUAAUUAAAAUUCAACAGACCGUGUGUGGCUCACUUGAAGCGAAGCAAUAUUACAUACACAAAAUUUAUCAAUUUUGUCACGUUCAGUUUUUAGUCAGUUUACUAGGUAGACGGUCGCACAGCACAAAUAGAGUCUAAAAGCGUGGUGCGCGACAUGUCAGGUUGAUGACGAUUAUAAAAGACAUUAAACUCACGACACUUACACGGCACGGCAAUUUAAAUGAAUAAACGUAUCAGAGGAGCCAAAGCGAGUGCGCCGUUCCUCAAUAACGAGUAGCGAUCUAGCCCGGAGCGAUCUCGGCGGGAUGUAAGUUGAGCUUAGAUAGAAGCGCUGUGGCCGUUGCAGUUGCGUUGCUAAAGUAACUCGAGGUUGAGCAGCCUACAGCGUUCCUCGUAGUCCGCUGGCACUCUCCAGAACCUCAAAGCAAACAGUGUAAAUUUGCGCUGGAACGACUCUAGACAGAGGGCGAGCAGCUGAAGGCCACCAUACUACCGGAGCGUAUUCCAGCACUGACCGCACUAAAGCGCAGUACAUCGUCUUGAUACAGACUAGAUCAGUGAUGUCGCGUGCCAUUUGUUACUUCCUAAAAUAAAUUACUAAUAGUACUCGUCAAUUCGUAAAAUAGAUUAGAUGUUUUGUACACGACAUGUUUUAACUUUCUAUUUGACUUAACUUCGAAUUGAGUAUGCCCGGGAUUAAUUGUUUCUAAUAAUAUUUGUCAGUUUACACCGUUACGCACUAAAUUAUACGUACAGUCGAUACCCGAGAUACACGGAAAAUUCGUUCUAGAGAAAUCCGCGUAUAUCGAAUAUCCGCGUAGUUUCUUCUAAAACAUCGUUUGUAUGGAUUAAUGUUCAGGGAUUGAAUAUUUAUUUCUAUGUUUGGAAGCCCAUUCAAAAUUGAUAUUUAUGCUUUCAUUAUAAGAAUGACAGUACAAUGCUGCUGUAAACAAUGUAAAUAAAUGAUAAAUAAA